CACGCUUAUGCGGCGGAGGCAGCAGUAGGGGGAGGACGUCACGCACGGGAGCCGCCCCGGUAAACGGCACCAUGACCCCUUCGGAAACCCGGACAUCUGCGCCUAAAGCGAUGGACCCUGAGAGGCUCCGGAGGCGAACCGGAACGUUCCUUGUCAACGUAAACUUUGAUGUGGUAUCUUCAAAGUUCAUUUUUGAUUAACUGCUCAGCCUGCCUCAUGCCCUGUUUGUCAUAUCCGGAGGUGGGACCUAAAUGGUCUCCCGUUACUUUACUCCUCCGUAUUCUGACCCAGCAUGAAAGCGAGAUGAGCUAUACCCUCCACAAAGGUAGCUAUAACACCAUCCCUGGCAGGCAUCCAUCCCGACUCGAAUCGGCGCACGACGAUGGAGCAAUUCUAUAACACAAACCAUCCAUCCAUCCUCUGUCGCCAUUUGUCCAGCAUUGGGUGGCAGUAAGUUUGGACAUUUGCUCAGGAAACUGAGAUUCAAAGCACCGCUGAAGGUCGUGCAUGAACAGAGACUGACCAUCCCAGGAGCUGUCUUGCCGCCGUGAGAGCCAGAGACGGACAGAUCUGCUGGGCCUUUUCCUCAUUCCCGGCAAUACCCAGGGCUCCAAUGCCCAGGUAGCUGCCCGCUCAGAGGAAGAGGAGGAAGGGGGACAACCACAGGCACGUCAGAGACACCCAAAGGCUUCCAUUAAGGACCCACGUCUUACACAUGGCCACUAGUGGACAGUGAGCAUGGGUGAGCUCCCCCUGCUGGUCGCUGUGUUUUUGGCGGUCGCCCUGGUCUGUGUGGCGACAGAAGACGACGUCACCCCCCGCCUGAGCUUCCUAUACGAUGCGAAGGAGAGGUCAGCCAGCAGGUUCUCGGCAGACGGCGUCUUCAAUUACACGUCUCUGCUGCUCAGCCGUGAGGACGACACGCUGUAUGUUGGGGCGCGCGAGGCUCUGUUCGCGCUCAACCUGGCUGACAUCGGGCACAAGCGCCUCCAAAGGAAUCUGAGUUGGGGGACGCGCGAGACGAAGAGGGAAGAGUGCAGCUUCAAAGGGAAGGACCGCAAGACUGAUUGCUUGAACUAUAUAAAGAUCCUGCUUCGGCUGAACGGCACGCACCUCUACGUGUGUGGCACCCACGCUUUCAGCCCCAUCUGCGCUUAUAUAAACACCUCCGACUUCUCCCUGGUGAGGGACAGAGACGGGGACAUUGUGACAGAGGAUGGCCGGAAUCGCUGCCCCUUUAGUCCUGAGUACAAGUCCACCGCCAUCAUGGUCGAUGGAGAGCUGUAUGCCGGAACUGUCAGCAACUUCCAGGGAAAUGAACAUACCAUCUACAAGAGCCUGGGCCACGGGACCGCCUUGAAAACGGAGAACUCGCUGAACUGGCUGCAAGACCCCGCCUUCGUGGGAUCGGCCUACAUCCGGGAGGGCGGCGACCCGGCCAAUGAUAAGGUUUACUUCUUCUUCAGCGAAGCUGGCAAGGAGUUUGAUUUCUUCGACAGCACCGUGGUGUCCCGCAUCGCUCGCGUCUGCAAGGGUGACGUGGGCGGCGAGAGGGUCCUGCAGAAGAAGUGGACGACCUUCCUGAAGGCACAGCUGCUGUGCUCGCUGCCCGACGACGGCUUCCCCUUCAACAUCAUCCAGGACAUGUUCGUGCUGACGGCCGACGGAAAGGACUGGAACCAAACCACUUUCUAUGGCGUCUUCACUUCGCAGUGGUAUCGCGGGGCCUCAGGCAGCUCGGCCGUCUGCUCCUUCACCAUGGAUCAGGUUGAUGCCGCCUUCAAUGGCCGUUACCGUGAGGUCAACCGUGAGACGCAGCAGUGGUACACCUACAACCACGCGGUCCCUGAACCCCGGCCUGGAGCAUGCAUCACAGGUGCUGCCAGGCACAUGGGCGUCACCUCCUCACUACAGAUGCCCGACAAGGUUCUCAACUUUGUGAAGGACCACUUCCUGAUGGACGACGUUAUACGAGGGCGCCCCCUGCUGCUGAAGCGUGGCAUCAGCUACACCCAAAUCGCUGUGGACAGGGUGCAGGCCUUGCAUGGGGUUUAUGACGUGCUCUUCAUUGGCACCGACGACGGGAAGCUGCACAAGGCCGUCAACGUCGACGGCAGGAUGCACAUCAUUGAGGAGAUGGUGCUGUUCCACCCUGCACAGCCUGUGCAGCACAUAGAGCUCGACUCGGAGAAGGGCCUGCUCUUUGCCUCGUCCUACUCGGGCCUGGUCUCAGUGCCCAUGGCGAACUGCAGCAACUAUCAGAACUGCGGGGAAUGUGUGCUGUCCAGGGAUCCCUACUGCGUUUGGACGGGCAAGGAGUGCGUCAGUGUCAGAAAGGCCCCCACCGGAAGCUGGCAGGAUGUGGACAGAGCAGAUACGAAGGCCAUAUGCAGCAGGAUGCCCCGCUCCAACGUUCAACUGGCCCCCUCGCGCUCGUCCCCAUGUCAGGUGAUCAUCAUCCCAGCCAACAGCUUCCGCAUCCUGCCCUGCAAGCAGCGCUCCCUCCUGGCAAAGCGGCACUGGGCAUACAACGAGAAGGCCAACCGCUCAGUCUACCACAGCUCCGACGGGGGCUUGGUGGUGGUGGGCCGGGCCGACAGCACGGAGACCUACGAGUGCUGGUCCGAGGAGGGGGGCUUCCGGCAGCUGCUGGCCAACUACUGCGUGCGGGCCGAGGUGAGAGCCGAGGGCCCAGCGGGGCACAGCCGCAACUCCUGGCUGGGCGGCAGCUCACUGGACCUGCCUGACGAGGCCCGUUCCACCCAGGUGGCUGUGAAGACCUACUGGAACGAGCUGGUCAUCGUCUGCGUCCUGCUCGGGGCAUCACUGCUACUUUUGUCCCUGCUGGCCGUCUACCGGCACCGGGGCCACAUGAAGGCCAUGCUGAAGGAGGGCGAGUGCCCCAGCAUGGUGCCAAAAAAGGCCCGGGGGGUGCCGAAGCCGGCAGAAAGCCUGCCCCUCAACGGCAACGCGGCCCCACCCUCUGCCUCCGACCACAAGGGCUACCAGACCCUCAAUGACGUGUAUGCGUGCGGGACGCCCCCCCACGAGCAGGAGGCCUCCCCCGACACAAGCCGCAGCUUCUCCGAGUCGGAGAAGCGGCCGCUGCACCUGAAAGAGAGCCGGGUGGAGAUCUCGCCCAGCUGCUCGCGGCCCCGCGUCCGGCUCGGGCCCGACAUCAAGGACUCGGUGGUGUAGCCGGCCACUGUCGCACAGUCCGCGCCCCGCAUGCCCCCCGGCUGCAUUUCACUUGCUUGCACUUCGUCACUCUCUCCAUUCGGGGGGGGGGCCUCCCAUCCCGCUUCCAAAGUCAUCGCCUUUUCCCAAAGACGGCGGGGGGCUAAGCCUCCCCGAGCACUCUGCACUGCCUGCACCCCUAAUGUCGUGCUCCAGGGUUCAGUGCCCCAGUGUGUGGGCCUCUGUCCCGGCCCAACAGUAAGGACACCCCUGUGCAUUGUGGGAAGACCUCUUCCUCAGCCACACUGGUAACGAGAUGGGGGGACGGGGGGGAUCCUUCAGCACAUCAUCCACAUGCUCGCAACAGGAAGUUUACGCCCGGACAGUCCCGUUUCCCUGGCGACAGCCUCAAGGUGACGGCCAUGCAGUGAUGGCUUUGGCGAGUGAGGCGGCCUCCAUUUCACUGCAAGGCAGAGCAAGUGAUGAGAGCGCAGUGAAAAGGUUCAUCAUGCGAAGUGACAAGGAGGUGAAGUACUUUUCAGCAAACUAAGUCCAUCCAUGUGACCCAGCAGGCACAAGCGCGUGAAAUCGGACUGUUUGGUGUUAAACACCUGCGUGUGUUGAGUUGCUGGCUCAGUGGGGGGUUCCUCUGGAUGUCCCUCAACCUCAACGCCAUGCGUGGCCGGAGGUUUCAGAACUGAGUCCGAAAAGUCGUGCAGGCCGGGAAAUCCUGGGCCUCUGGUGAUUCUUGCUCCAAAGGAAAGGGGACAAAGUGUGGCCCUAACCUGCAUGGGCCUCCCCUGUAGCGUCCAGCGCGAUCAUCAAGCGAGUCGAACAAAACCAAUGGGGUAUUGGCCACUCUCCGAGGUCCCUACACAACCAAAACGACUCUGCGGAGUGCCAAAACCACUAGUAUUUUGCCGUUUUUUUGGCUCUGUUGACUCAAUUUUUGCCAUUAGUAAUUUAAGCACACUGAGAAUGUGAAAGCUGCUAGUUGGCCCCUCCGGCCCCCCAGAAUGGCAGCUCACCGAGGCCCGUCUUCUCUUCCACUGUGGCCACGAACGGGACGCAUAUCAGAUACUUCAGCAAUUCAGCGAACCACUCAAGGCGCAUUGUGAUGAUGUCGCCAGAACCAUUCUGCUCCAGUGUGGUGAGUGGUGGGAAUGUGAGCUGGCCCACAUGAGACUUAUCAAAGGACUGUCCAAAGAUGCAAAAGAAUACUCACACAUUUUGGGGGGGGGGGGGACUUCUUGGGAAGACACCGGAAACAAUUAGACACUCCCAGCACAGAAUGUAUUAAUGGGUUACCCAUGAUCCCAAACCACUCUUAGGCACGUUAAGGUGAUUUCUGCUCAUGUUUGUUCGGGAUAUGUCCAAGGGAGAUCUAUUCACGAGUUGGCUGUGUGCGAAGUAGCGGCAUUUUACCUGUAUAUAUGUAAAUCUAUGUCAUAUUCGAGGGACCUGAUGCAAGAUGUGUUGUAGAAGCAUAUUUGCUAGACCGUGCAGACCGCUGCUCCUCCAUUUUUUUCCCAGCAUUCCCUCUGCUCGCAGUUGCACAGGCCUUAGCUGCGAGGGGGCUGUCAGCAUCGCUGAUCCCUCCUCGUCAAAUAAGCCUCGUGGCUGCAGCCUUUCACUGGUGCACUGCGGUCAUGACCGAGCCUGACCGCGGUUUACGGGCACCAGAUGGUCUCCCUCUGCCAGUGUGCUGGACCCCCGUGGCUACAGCCAGCAGUGUGGGUCCUGGAGGUGGCUCUGCCCUCAGUGUAGCAUGUCCGUGUUCGUGUUGCACGUACUGACCUGUUGUGAUUGGCGGUGGGGGCGGGGCUUGCGGAGGUGAACUGUUGCCCUCACACCUACAUGGUAAACAGUCGAGAAUCCAUUGUAUUUGCAUUUCGUUUUUUUGACUGAAGCUAUUCUGUUUAUGGGAGUCUGAGGCAUUCAACAAAAGAACUGUGUGUAUCUUUGUGUGCUUUUGACAAGCUGCUGAAUACCUGGCUUUGGUGUGUCUGCUCUAACUCGAUGAAUGUAGCCGUAUUCCAGGUAACCACUAACUGCCAAACACACAUGGCAUCAUGGGAUGGCCAGAAGCUAAGCGUCGUCAGUAAUGGGAGUGUGGAAACAUUGUACUAAACCAUAUGUACAGUCCAUGACGAUAUUCUCAAGGCACACGGGGCUUAACACACUGGCGGGUGAUUUGAAAAA